AUGCAGAAUCUGAUUAGAGCGCAGACUCAGUUUGAUUGGAUAAUCGAGUUAACACGAGGAGGAUUCUCAUUCUUCGCGAGUCGACACUGCGUCUCUCCGCCUUUUCCACCGCCUCCUCCUCCCUCCGACCUCAACGCUCAGCUUAAUUCCCACUUCCCAGAAGAGAGCGCCUUUAACAACAGCGAGGAUGAGAAUGAGGAUGUGGCUGAAGCAUUAGGUGAAGUUGCAGUAAGGGGGAUUAGAUGUCGUCCUUCCCUCUCCCUCCUCUCUUCAUCCUUGACAAAGUAG